GUUCGGAAAACUUCACAGACGAUAUCCAUUCCAUCGGACGAGAAUUUACACUGUGUUUCUUUUCCGUGUCCACCAUUUAUUGUUUGGUCAAAAUUAAUAAUUCUGGCUGGCUGUUUUUCCGGUGCUCGAUAUUUUGCCUGUUUUUCCCGCGGCGCGACUUUUGCGGAAAAGCAAUACCGUGUGUGUGAGUUGGAGAAAGGGGGAGAAAAAAGUCUCAAUUGGGGUGCAGAAAGAUGCUCAAAUGAGGUGAAGUGGAGAAAUGUGUGAAGAGUGUUGAGGAAAAAUUUCUGCUGGAAGCGCUUGGAAGGAAAAACUCUGAGAGUCCCUGGCGAGAAGGAAAAGCCAAGUGCCGCGAGCUGUGACGGGGUGCACUCGAAUGAUGCCUCUGGGCGGCUCAAGGACCUCGCCGUGGCGCCCGCGGCAUCCGCAGACGCCCGCGAUGGCCCCAUGCUGGUGAGGGCGGCGCACGCUGCCGGAGUGUUGAGUGUGACAUUGGGGAAUGAUGUAAAACGGGUGAUUCAGUGAAGAAUGGGCUGUGGACAGAGCAAGAUUCAUCUCUACCCAAGAAAGUCCAAGAGCAAGACAAAUGGCAAGAAGAGCGGACAUGUCGACAUAGACGCAGAUGCUGAUGAGGACGAAGGACACGUCGGCGACCGCGACAAAGAAAUCAAUAAAGAGCGUAUCGACGAAGAGAGUACGUUGUCCGAUGGGAAGGGCUCGCCGGAGCCAAAUGGAGAGAUUAAUGUACCUAUUCUGAGGCCAAAAAAUGUGUCACUGCUGCAGAGCCAGGACAUUUCUUCUAGUCAACAGAACUUUUUCCGUAUGCUCGACCAGAAGAUUGAGGAUGGUCCCGACUAUGAUUCAUCGAGUGAGACUGAAGUGGCGCUAGAACAGGCGAGGCUCACGAGUCUGUUCCACCACUGGGAGUCGGCGAGUCUCUCGGCGUCCAUUUGUUCAUCAACGAGCCCUCUGCAGAACACGCCAGUGAGGCAGCCAAUGCGACAAGCACCGCACCAGCUUCGCCCUCAACAGCCCUUGAGUGUGGAAAUGUUGUCUCAGCAGCAAUUAAAGCAGCCCAACAUGAGUCCCAAGCGUGACGCCCGGACGCCGCUGUCGCAGACGAUCAUCCACCAGGGAUACGGGGUGACGCAGGGCAACUCGCGGCUGCCGAGGGUGGGCGGCCAGGGCAUCCUCAUGGGGAGCCUGCCACUCUCCUAUUACCCACAGCAGCAGUCCGCAGUGACAACUCAGGCGUACUACAGCGAGAUGGUUCAUCAUCCUCUUCAGCAGGUGCAGUCGUCGCCGGAGCCGCGCUUCCCGCCGGCCAUCAGUGUGCAGAGGUUGGCGCCGCAGGUGCAGCGGCAGCUGCGAGAGACGCAGGAGCUCAUCAAGGACUCUUGUCCGCAGAUGUACGCCGCCGGCUACGGCAGCCCCGGGCCGCCCAUGCGAGCCGCUGGCCAGAGUCAGCGCGUGAGGCGAACACCCACCUUGGAGACGCAGUUCUCGCAGGAGUUGUCGUGAUAUAGAGACGUAAUUGAAUUGGGCGUGUAGGAGGAUUCUCAACGUCGCCAAUGAUUCCCAAAUCUCCUGGGCAGAGCGCGAUCCGCGAUGCGGAGGAGCAAACAAUUGUAGCCACGUAAGUUUCUCUGCUGUGUUCAAUGCGGCGAUGGCCGAAAGGCGCGCCCCGCGCGAUGCCAAGAUGAGGAGCUUGUGCUGUGUGACUGGCCAGGAGACUUUCUCCCCGAAAUUCAAUUAGCCCCAGCAUUUGCCACUUUUAAUUGAAUCACGCUCCCCGGUUUUUUGCCUCCUCGGCAAAAUCGAUUUCAUCACCGCUCGCGCUGAGACGCUUCAUGAGCCAAAAAGGGAAUUCUGGGGAGGUGAAAUUUAGUGAUUGGUUGAAGGCUUUUGCAAUGAUGCAUUGCAAAAUUAAUGAAUUUACCAUCUUAGGAGGGAGAAUAGCAUCGUUUUCAAAGGACUUUCGCAAUGUGUAUACUGAGGAAAUUGUGGCAAAGCAUGCACCAAUCCAGGUGUUUAUUGGUUUUCCCACCGAAAUCUCAACAGUUUGGAAUCACUUCACUGCCAAAUCAAUGAAUUUUCCCACUUCAAUUUAAGAAAAAUAUCUCGACAUCUUCCUUAGAAUAAAUUGCCUUUCAGGAAAGUCACACAGCUCAACUGCUCAUCCUGGAGAGCUUCAUGAUUAUAUAUUUACCUUUAAAUGAAAAAAAAAACUGCUGCAGAUGAAAGAAAAAACUAGUAGAGAAAAUUCAUAAAGAUUCUCAAAUUUGUAAAUAUAGGAAAUAUUUUAGGUGAGAAAAAGUGUGUGGAAGAGAAAAAAAUCUUAGAAAUCUCAUUUGUUCUCUCUUGCAUAAGUGUCGUUCGAUUUUUUUUCUAUAGAUUUUCUUUCCAUCCUUUUUGUAGGAGGCAAAAGAAGAACCAUAUGAAGAAUUCUUUUUUGGAGAAAAAGUGCGCGCGUUUUUAUAGUUGAUAAAUUUUUCCGUUUGCGAGCAAUAUUCAAUUGAAGCAAAUUUUGCAAUGUGUGUGAGGAUGAUUUAUAAUUUUGAUUUAUCGGUUUUUGAGUCACUUUGACAGGUGAUUGAAUUGUAACUUCAAUGAAAAAUCAACAGUGAAACAGUUAACCUACCUAUAGGCCGCGGAAGAAGGGGCAAAAGGGCAGAAGGACAGUGAGGAAAGUAGUGUGGAAGUGGCGAAGAGCGGGGAAAAGUCGUGUAUUUAUCAAUUUGACUAAUUGAGAGGCUUGAAGAAUUAUGAGAUUUUACAGUAGAGUUAAAAAGGAGAUGCAAAAAAAUAGUCUUAUUCGAGAUUGCGGCGAAAGUCAUUUCAGAGAAAAACAAAAUCUUUUUGUCGAUUCUUUUCGUUCUGAUGGCGUUGAAACACCAAGAAUUACAAGAUGAAGAAGAGAAUAGAAUGAAAGCACCGUCCGUUGUAAAAAAAAAUACCCACGACUUUGCGUUCAGUCAGAAGAAUAAGAGAAAUGAAUAUUGAUGAAUAUAUAGUAUGAUAUAAAGUUACAAAAAAAUGAGAAAAAUUGCAAUAUUAUAAAAUAAUAUAUGAAAUAAUAAAUAUUCCAAUUAAUAUUAACUAUAAAUGUAUAAAAAAAAUUAUAUAAUUUUUAAUAAGAUGAUAAAGAAAGAAAACUAUUUAAAGUUAAAUAUAAAAAAUGAGAGGAAAAGGUGAGAUAGAUGAAUAAAUUGAUAAAGAAAAAAACACACAAUUGUAAGAAAAGAAGAAAUACAAAUCUAUGAUAGAUGAUAAAUCAAAAAAAUACUUUAUGAAUGAAAUGAAAAAAAAAACAUUUUUUUUUAAUAUUUUGAGAAAUAUUCAUUUCGAAAUUCCUCUCUUUUUAUGCAUCGCAAAAAGAACCCAAAAAGUGGCCAAAGCAGCAGAAAAAAUAGCAAACAAACCUUAGAAGAAGAAUAAAAAAAAACUAUUACAGAAAAAGACUUGAAAAUGAAAUCUGUCUCUCUGAAUCUUCUUUAGUUGAGCGUUGAAGCGAGAGAAUUUUGAAGCAGAAAAAGGCACUUAAGUAAAUAUUCUAGAAAAGAGAAAAAAUGCAUAACAUGUAGUCAAUUAGGAGAAUUUUCUGUUUCUGAGAAAAAUAAGAAAAAAAAGAGAGAUUGAAAUCUGGUUUGAUGUCAACUUGGCUGGAAGGAAAGAUGAAAAACCCAUUCAUAUCCCAAGAACCAAAUAUAAUAGCGAAAGAGGCCCAGAACAGAGCAGAGAGAGCAAUUUUGCGGUUUAGCAGAGGCGGAUGAACUCAUCCUUUGAUGGACUUUAGUAAGGAUUUAGUGUCAUGAGUAGGAAUUAGUUUUCUCAAAUUUGAAGACAUGCGAUAA